AUGUUGUCCGGCUCGCAGCCCGUGUUCAGCUAUCCAUGCUGGACUUGUCAUAGGGACGGAAUAAAUGCUAUUCUCCGCGAAGUGGACAAGUAUUUCCUUCAAAUGAAAAAUCAUCGGAAAAGCCGCUUAUGCGCGCGCAGUGCUGUCCGUGAAAUGACAUCAGAAAAGCUCCAGUGGAUCCAUGUAACUAAAUUAUUCCAGACCCCGUGGUGGUAGCUUCUCCAGAAUGGCGGAAAGAGCUCCAUUUGGAACGAUGUGUGGGUUCUUCAUCUCCCGGAGUAAAGAACAAGCAUGUAAUCCAGCUGGCUAUUGAAAGUGGGUCGACUAUUCCCAGUGGAUAAACCUUCUUGUUUUGGCGGAUGUAUCUGUGGAAAUCUCGAGAGAAAACGGGCAACGGACAAGAGGCAGCCAAACAGAAAGACAGCAACGAAGCAAGAAG